UAAGAGAUUGUUGCAAUAAUAAUAAGUAUAAUACAACAAAAACAAGAGAAAAGAGUAUAUUGUGUAUAGAUAGCAUAUGCAAUAAAGCGAAACAGCAAAUAAAAGAAAACAAAUAACAAGAUUAACGUUAUAAUAAAAGGUGCAACAGUAUCGAGUAAUCGACAGACAAUCACCGCCAUAGUGGAAUAAAGUGGUUGAUAAUUUGGCCUGUUUGCACAAAACUGGGCUACCACAUCCAACUGUCAGCUGGUGGAAAUUUUCUGAUUGAGUCGACUUUGAGGCGUACGCAAAAUUUCCAUUUGAUGACCCUCUGAACUGUGGCAAAGUCCUUGCGUUUAGUUCAAUGUCACUUGCGUCAAGGAUAUCUCUGGCCAGCACUGUUAAGCGGAGUAGCGGAGACGCCGGCAGCAGCACUGAAAUUAGCGCCACCGAACGCAAUGCCAACAUACGGAAUCUGUUUGCGCCAUCCCCGGCAACGCUGGCGAAGCGCAAAGCGGAGCGACAGCGCAGCCAAAGCACUGUCUGCCUGGAGCGGGGGCGAUCGGAGCAGAAGGAGCUACAGACGGAGCGGUUGGAGAGUCAGAGGCAAAUGCAGCAGGGAAAUGGCCUGUCGCAGAGCAGCCAAGCGCUGAGACGCUCUGUGGGACAAAUUGCCAGCUACAAUAGGUAUAAUAAAAACAAUGGUGAUUUCCAGUCGAGCAUGUGCCAAGGGAGCGUUAACUCAGGCAUAAAUCACAUGGCAAUGGGUAGGAAUCAAUCAGCAAUAAAACAAUAUGAUGGCGUCAACAGGAAUUCAAUGGGCGGCAAUAACCUUCAGAACAAUUCCAGCGACGACUACAACAAGGACGACAUCUACAAUGAAACGAGCCACGCACUGGGCGGCCAUGCUAACAAAGAAAACAAUGGUUGCCAACAGAGCGAAUUUCAAUUGGCUCCGGGGCAGUUGCAGCAGCAGCAGCAGCAGCAGCACCCAGCUGUCACCUCGCCUCGUCGUCCUUCGUUGCCCUGGCAGGAGCGAACCAACUGGCAAGCAGCAAGCCAGCCAGAAAAUAUUAUUAACAGUAGCAGGCAAAAACAGCAUCAGCAACAGCAACAGCAGCAUCAGCAACAGCAACAGCAGCAGCAGCAGCAACAGACCUUGGAGCUUAAGUUGCCAGGAGUCUGGAACAACAACAAUGUUGACUUUGGUAAUGAAAUAACCUGGGGCACCGCUACAGAGAAAUCGCAGCCAUUGAAUCACCUGAGAAUGCGGCAGGAGUCGGUAUCGCUGGAGGCCAGCAAAGCGGACUACCCUCAUGAAAUAUAUUCUUCUGCCGCUCCUGCUUAUCUGCACAAAGAGGAUAGCACUGAUGAGCUGGCGGAGCAUCUGCAGGAGCAGAGCCAAAGCAUGCAAGGCGUAAGCUGCGCGCAGUCUGCGCCGUUAGCGGAACGCCUGCAGCGAUUCCGGCAGCGACAGCAGCGCUAUAACAGCUCUGAUAUCGACGAGCCCCCUUUAUCAGCUGAGCAAAUAAGCGUUGCCAAUUCGCAUAAUCAUAACAACAACAACAACAACAAUACCAAUAACAGUUGGCAGCCCGCUGUUCGACGCUUCAGCGCCAGUGUUGCAGUCGAUGUUCCCACGCGUUCUUCGACUGACGGCUUAGACGAGUCCGAGCACCACUUUGAGGCCCAACAGAAGGAGCCUGGCAGCGACGAGGGAGCGCCACGACGACGUGUGCUCAUCAAGCGGCGCAUUGUCCGCUCGACACGCGCCCGUAACGCGGCUGUACUUCAAACAUCGGGCUCCCCCCACAGGCAGGCGGCCAGGACAGCGGAGGCUAAGGCAAAGGAUUCAAGUUCCGGCUGGCUAUCAAGACUGCGCAAUUUGGGUGGCACUUCAAAGGGUGUCAUAGCAACAGACCUAGCUCAAAGCCAAAUAGAGACCACCAAGAGUCAAAGGAGCACGAGUCCUUUUUCCAUUAUGGCUGUCCUGCGUACUAUGAAGCUUAAGGAGCGCUUGGCUAUUAGCCUAGGAGCGACGCUCGUCCUGCUUACCCUGUUGCUAAUUGUGGAUGUGCAAAUGGACUUUGGCGUUGCAAAUCGCCAUUUGCUACAACAGCAGCAUCAAAAGCUGCGUCUUGGCAACAACAAUGAUUACAACGAAGUGGGCUCAGCUGCAGGUGGAGGCAUGCUGCAUGAGUUUAAACGCAAGUUCCUGCAAAAGAGUAACUCUUCGGGCUCCAAGGAGGCAUCCACUCAGGCCCAAGCCUCGGGCAGUCAGAGUGGCGGCACCACAAGCGGCCAGGAGGCGGUAGUCGCUGGCUCCACUCCAUCCACGCGAAAGCCAACGCCGCACGAUCGCUAUGUGGAUCUGCAGAAGCUGUUGCUGAGCGAUGAGUACGGACAUGUGCUAGUUGAUAAUGCACCAGAUGUGACAACCAAUAAUCCUACACUGGGCGAGAUGCUGCACCGUCAAGUCGGAGCAAACGCCAGCAAUUUGGAGCGCUUCCAAUUGCGCAUUACAAAGAAGGAGCUCUACAGCGAGCAGGAUACACUAGUCGAUGCGGUGCUACGUGACAUGAUCAAGCUGCCAAUACAGCAUGUGGUGCAAAAGGAGGGCGGCACCCAGCUGAAGCUGAUUAUUGAGUAUCCGAAUGACAUCAAGGCUUUAAUGAAGCCUAUGCGGUUUCCGAGGGAGCAGCAAACGUUGCCCAAUCAUUUCUACUUUACAGACUAUGAGCGUCACAAUGCUGAGAUUGCUGCCUUCCAUUUGGACAGAGUCCUGGGUUUUCGUCGUGCAAUGCCCGUGGCAGGGCGCACAUUGAACAUUACAACCGAAAUUUAUCAAAUGGCCGACGAAAAUUUAUUGAAGACAUUCUUUGUUUCACCAUCGUUGAAUUUAUGUUUCCAUGGCAAGUGUUCGUACUACUGUGACACCUCGCAUGCCAUUUGCGGCAAUCCGGACAUGCUCGAGGGCUCCUUCGCCGCCUUUCUGCCCAGCUUCGAGUCCUCCAAUCGUAAGCUCUGGCGACAUCCUUGGCGACGUUCCUAUCACAAACGCAAGAAGGCUCAGUGGGAGACAGAUGCCAAUUAUUGUGCUCUGGUUCGCGAUAUUCCACCCUACGAUGAAGGUCGCCGUCUGCUGGACCUUAUGGAUAUGUCUGUCUUUGAUUUUCUUACCGGCAACAUGGAUCGUCAUCAUUACGAGACGUUCAAAAUCUAUGGCAACGAGACUUUCCCACUUCACUUGGACCAUGGACGUGGAUUUGGGCGUCCCUUUCACGAUGAGCUCUCCAUAUUGGCGCCAGUGCUGCAAUGCUGCCUGAUACGCAAGGCGACGCUCAUCAAGCUGCUAGAAUUUCACAACGGGCCCAAGCCACUUUCGGUGAUAAUGAGCGAAUCGCUGAACGUGGAUCCCGUCAAUCCGGUGCUCUGGCAGCCGCAUCUGGAGGCGCUUGAUCGACGAGUUGGCGUCAUUUUACAAAGCAUACGGGAUUGUAUUAAACGAAAUCCCCCGGGCGAACUUGAUGGGUCCGAAACAGAUGUUUCGUCAUAGCGCUAAGCCCCAAAGCAGAGUUAGAGUCUAAAUUUAGCUACUAGUUUGCGUGUCUUGUGUACUGUUUAGCUGUAAGAGUUGAGAUCGCGACAGGGACCUUUGUAAAAGGCCGUGCUGCCCAGCGAUAUCCUUGCAGACUCGUCUGCACAUACCAAAAAAAAAAGAUAAAAGAAAAAAGAAACAAACAAAAACAAAACAUUAACUAAGGGAAACAAAACAGAACAAUGUGCAACAACUAUGCAUCCCGUACAUUUUUUUGGUUAAUUUUGUUUAGUAUGUACUAUGUAAACAGGUUAGCUUAUAGAUGGAAUCGAAUCGUUAUGUGGUCUGAUAUAAAAUCAAGUACCUUCGACACACGGCACAUAACCCUACAUAACACACACUUCCAGAGCAGCUAAAUUACAAUUACGACUACAAUUAUAUUACUACCAUAAACCACAGUGGGUGCCAAAAAAACAAAACAAACACCAUGUACGCAAUGCACAGUGAUGUGCAAAAGUACUUCAACUUAAAUUGAUUCUAAGAGCAAAUCUAAAUUAUACUUACAUUGCGCAAGAGUGAAACUUCUUGAAAAGACUAUAACAAAAACUAAAAACUAUUUGCUAAAUAUUUAUUUAUAAUUUUUUCAUAAAUUUUACAACGACAAACAUGUAUAUUUAUGUAUGUAAAUUUUAUGCAAGUGGUGAAUAGCCAGCCCCGUAAAUGAAAACAAAUAUUUGUUGGAAAUUUAGUUAAUAAGAUUAAACAAUAAUAUGAUCGAUAUCAGACGUAGCUUUAUCAGACCACUGUUCCCCAACCUCCCAGUGAGGACAUGUUGUGUUUUAUAUUUUAUCUUAUUGGUUAGUCGAAUUAGUUUCCGAGUAUGCAGAUGCCCCUCAAGAGUUAGAAAACUACUGUUAAAAACUAAUUAUGAUUAUCGAGUAUAGAUAUAGCUAAUUUCGUUUGUUUUUAAUGUGACAAUUUAAAUCGUACCUAAUGUAGUUAAAUGUGACACAGUUUGUUUGUUGGCCAAUUCAGAAGAGUAAAAAAAAACACAUAGAAAUAAAAAUGUUAGAAAUAGCAAAAAUUUUAGUGAAAAUUUCAGAAAUAUUGAAUAAAAAAUACCAAAGAAAC